UUUGCAGAGCUUUAACGGGUCACGAUGAGCUCAUCAUCGUUGUCGUCAACAUCAACUCGAGUCACGUACGCCGUCGGCGAUUUUGUCUAUUUCGACGACACGUCGGCCACCGACGCUCCAUAUCAGAUCCGCAAAAUCGAGGAGCUUGUCAAGACAGAAAAGGGCGGCGUGGAUGCGCGAUGCGUCGUCUACCUCCGACGACGUGACAUUCCACAACAUUUGCUGAAAAUUGCCGAUCAAGCGCAGAGGCGAUUCGAUAAUUAUUACGAAGUGGAUAAGAAGAAGCCCGAGAAUUUUACCACAAAAGGAUUUAUCGUUGUCAAUGGAGCUUCUGAAGCUGCUCCAGAAGCUGCUCCAGAAGCCACCGAAGCUUCUGCGGAGACGUCUGAAACAAAAGUGAAGGAAGAUACUGAUGACGUGGCAGAGAAAAUGGAAGAGGACGAAGAAUGCCCGGCCCCGGUUGGGCAGGGAAGAACCAGCUCGACUGAGGAGCCAUCGGCGUCGGAUGCUCCAGCAGCGACCGCAAAGGACAAAAAAGAAGAAAAAGAAGCCAAGGAAAACGCGAAAAACCUCAAGGAGACUGCCGAAGCAGAAGCCACGAAGCUCAUUGACUGGGGUGAUGGAGGCCUUCCGCUCGGAGUCGACAAGCUCACCCCGGAUCAGAGGCUGAAGCUCCGACAGCAUGAGAUCUUUAUGACGAGGCAAUCGGAGAUCCUUCCAGCAGCGGCGAUUCGUGGAAAGUGUCGAGUCGUUCUUCUGGGAGAUGGUGAAGAGGCUCAGAACUACCUGCCUCUGGAUGAUACCUUCUAUCAUUCCCUUGUCUAUGACCCGAAUGCGCAGACUUUGCUGGCUGAUAAGGGUGCUAUUAGGGUUGGCGAGAAGUAUCAGGCGGUGGUGGAUGAGUGGAUGGAGCCCGCCGAUCGGGAGGCGAAGGAGGCGAAGGUGCUGGCCGAGAAGGUUAAGAAGGAGGAAGAGGAGGCAAAGUUGAAGGCUGAAGCCGAGGAGGACACUGAGAAUGAUGGGUUGACGAUCGCCGAGGAUGAGGAGAUGCCGGAGCUGAAGAAUGAGGAAAAGGAAGAGACCAAGGUGGAAGAGGAAGCUACCACCACCGAUUCCGAAGGUGAAGUAGGUGAAGUCCUCGUCUGGCACCCGCACCACGCUCUCACCGACCGUGACAUUGAUCAGUACAUGAUUGUGGCCCGAUCAGUCGGCCUAUUCGCCCGAGCCAUCGAUGGAGCUUCCGCGCCGAAGCUUCCGACUCUUCAGCUAGCCGCCGCCUUCGCCUCCCGUGACGUCACCAUCUUCCACGCCCACGCGAUCCUUCAUCAGGCCAACUAUGAUGUCGGGCAGGCUGUCAAGUACCUGGUCCCAGUGGCCUCUCGAGACACGUACCCGUGCCAGGUCGAUGAUUCAAGCGGCCUGCAGACUAAGACCCUUGGCGGACCGAUUUUGUGUCGGGAUCAGCUGGAAGAGUGGUCGACGCCCGAGAUGAAUCUGUUCGAGGAUGCGCUGGAUAAGGUGGGCAAGGAUUUCAAUGAGAUCCGCGCCGAGUACCUUCCGUGGAAGUCGAUUCGGGACAUUGUCGAGUACUAUUACCUUAUGAAGGCCUCCAAUCGAUACACAGAUCGCAAGAAGAACAAGCCAUCGGCGGGUGGUGGAAGCUCGACGACGACGGACGAGAAGUUCACCAACAUCUACAUUCCGCCGUUCAACAAGCCGAUCGCCGCCUCGAUUCUUCCGUACAACACUAGCCAGACGACGCUGAUGAACAACGACAAUCCGUGUGAGAAUUGCGGGACGCUGGACGCUCUCAACUGGUAUCAGUGGGGAGGUGUCGGCGAUAAGAAGGUUCUGUGCUCGACGUGUUGGAUUCAGUGGAAGAAGUUCGCCGGGCUCAAUCAGAAGCACGAGCUCGAGCGGUUCGACAAGACGCGGCCGCCACCGGUGGAGCCGGUAGCGCCGACGCCAGCGGCCUCAAAUGGAACUCCAGCUUCUCAGAAGGCGGCUGCCACGGCGGCGGUGAACACGUUGACUCCACAACAACAGCAGCAGCAGCGCGCUGCCGCCGCCAACAUGCUCAUGACGCUGAACAGUGGUGAUAAGCAGAAUUUGUUGAAUGUGGCAAAGGAGGCGCUGGCACGUGGCCAAAUCACCCAGGAGCAAUUUCUACAGCUACAGAAGAAUUUCGCUCAGAAAAUCCAGGCACAAAUUCAACAACAGAUUCAGCAGCAGCAACAGCGGCAGGCGCAAACGACGCCGCAAGUGGUCGCAACGCCCAGGAAAAAGACGACUCCAGCCACAAAACCGGCCAUCGUCUUUUACACGACAAUCUGCCGACGAGCGGUUCGCCGGAUUUUGCCGAAAAGCGCGUUCAACCUGAGAAAAUUGUCCCGUCGGCCGAACCUCGCCAUCGAUGAUGAGAAGAUCCUCAGAGCUAUGAUUAUGCUCGACAAGAAGCACCUUCUGCAGUCGGCGCAGGCAGCCGCAGGCGAUAAGAGAAGCCUGAUUGUCGAGUCGGAAUUCCAUAAGGGAAUCACACAUUUACAACACGCUCUGACUCAAGCUGCAACCGGCAAGCGAAGCGCCCCGCAGGCCGUGGCAUCAGGCGAGCCGUCCGCCAAAAUGGCAAAGGUAUGAGCGAGCGAGUUUGUGAGGAUGCUGUUUUUUUUUCGAUUUUUGCAAAACAUUUAAUUUUUGAUCUACACGAACUAUUUUUAAUUCCUGAAUCGAAUCUAUCUGGCUGUCACUUUUUUUCUUUUUUUGAUCCGAACGGGCUUCUGGCCUCCCUCGCUGGCGUGUUUUUCGCUCAGCCAGAAGCGCGUGAAAUCACGUGGUGCCAGGCUGUCCUAUUACGGUUUGAUCUACAAAAAAUGCGGGAAUUUUUAGCCUAAAAAGAGAUGACGUCAGCACGUUCUUAACCAUGUGAAAUCAGUUGAGAACUCUGCCGCAUUUUUUGUAGAUCAACGUAGAUCAAGCCUAAAUCAGACACCCUGAAACACACACCACGAGUGAAAAAUGAACAAUGUGUGCGAUUUUCCGAAUCCUAACCGCCCGGUAUGCUUCGACUAACUAACUUCUAACUGCUUGUACUGGCUUCUUCUUCGUGAUCUUCUUUCCUCCUGCUCGGUGUUGUGCUCGGUUUUCCUGUUCUUUCUCUGUCUUUCGGUCAUGUCUCAGUGUCUCUCUACUUGGUUUUUCGUCGUUUUCCAGCAGCAGCAGCAGCAGCUACCAACAGCUUUCGCUGCAAGUGGAUCCUCCUCGUGGACACCGAUCGUCGCACCGUCGCUAGAAGACGUUGGAAAUUCGCUUCUCGCAGUCAAUCAUGCUAUGAAGUGUGGUGGCGAUGGUGGUGGUUGUGUCUCAAACAACGACGCUCCGAUUCUCCGGCAAUAUCUCACGAACCAUCAGGGUCCCGCCACGCGAAUCGACAGCGUUCGGGAGCUGAUGAGAACGCGAACCGACUCGAGAUGGUUUGUGGUGAAGGAUGAGGAUGUGAAGAUGCGGGCCGGGCCCCGAAUGAAAACUAAACGACGGAACCUACUCACUCGUCACGAAAGCCGCCGAAUCGCCCGUCAUCCUUGCGAAUUCCAUCAAUUUCUUGAACCAUUCUGUCCCAUAAUAUACCCAUUCUUUACGGGGCCCCUACAGCAGUCCCGCACCACUGAAUCAUGAUCUUCUUCACUAAUGUAUUCUUUCUUUUAUUUCUUCGUUUUUCAAAAAAAAAAAAAAAGUCUCCCGAAUAUUUUUAUUGAUUUAUUGUUUAAAAAUCUCUGUUCUCCCAUAUUUUUAUCUUCUUUUUAUUUAUUUUUUUUCUUUCCUUCGACAAAAAUCGAACAUAAUCUCUUAUCCCUCCAUCUGAAUAUUUUUUACUCAUUCGUUUUGAAAUUGUAUUGUUUCGUUUUUAUCGGCAAAAAUUUGAAUAAAAACACAUUUCGGUCUCAAUAAAUCAAAUUCACAGCUUU